AAAAAAAACAAAUUAAGGGUUUCUCUCUCGCUCUCGUUUGUAUUCUGUGGCUCGCAUCCAAACGUCUUCACCUUUCUGCAAUCAUUCCAAAUAUAUUGUGAAGUCAAAGACAAAUAGAUCACUAGAAUGGUAGAGUCCAACUCAAAACGACAGAAAGCAUCGGAAGAGAAUGAUGACAGGAUCAGUAGUUUACCAGACGAUGUCCUCAACCACAUCCUGUCAUACCUUCCGAUCAAAACUACUGUUGCCACCGGCCGUCUAUCUCGCCAGUGGCAACACCUUUGGAAACAUCUCCAUGUGCUAGAUUUCAAUGAAUAUGAUGACUACCACCGCUCUGAUAACCGUAAAGAACAACUCAGAAGGUUCGUUGUGUUGGUGAACAACGUGCUCCAUCGUAAUCGCCAUGGCAUUCGGAAAAUGCGUCUUACCUGUGCUCACUCCCUUGUCGAUGACGACAAUUUCCGUUCCCAUACAGUUGACACUUGGGUUCGUUCUGUCAUUGGGCCUCAACUCGAGGAACUCGAACUCGACCUCGAUCUCUUUUCUGACGACUUCGAUGAACCCCUUGAUGGACCCGACUUCGAUGAACCCCUUGAUGGAACCGACUUCAAGCUUCCUCUGAGCCUCUUCACUUGCCCUAACCUCGUUUCACUCAGGCACGUGCUUCUAUUUUUUAUUGCUAGUUUUUCUUUUUUAAAUGUCAAAUGCCAUUGUGGGAAAAUUGAAUCUUAUACCUGUACGUCACACUUAUAACAGUGUUUGAAUUAACUUAUCCAUCUUCCAUAAAAACUAAGGUUGGUAAUGAUAGGCUUCUGUGUCAUGACAAACCAUAGGAACAAAGUUAGUGCACCAAAUUCAAGAACAAGUACUUCAUAAAAGAUGUCUUGCAGGGAAUCCACUAAAAAAAAUUCAAAGGUUAACUUGAGAAUAUUUUCAGGUAUUGAAAUACUAAUCAUUUU